CCCUCCCCGACCCGACGCUCCCUAGCUAGCAGUGCGAUCGAGCGACUCACGCCGCGCGAACAUAUCGUAGCACCAACGAUGCACCACUCUACACGCUCGUGAAUAUUACGCUCUUAUCCUUAAAACUAAUCAGUGAAAUAAUGUAAAUUGGUACAUAUCCUGCGUACAGUGACGCGGCAGAGUGGACUACCUGCGCGUUCGCUCCGUUACCCUCUCGCCGGCCGGCACGCGAACAACGCUACCAAAAAAAACUCGAUGUCAGUGAGAGCGAGGACCCUUGUGUCAGUGUAGUGUAGUUUUAGAAUAGUUUAAUGGAUCGUGCAAUGUUCGUAUGAGGAAGAAGACCAACCGCAACAUCAUGUCGGUGGGGCUGCAGCGGCGCGUGCCGGCGCUCGACGAGGCGGCGGGUGGUGUGCCGGCGGCGUGGAAGAGUGGCAACAGUGAGCCACCGUUCCCGUCGUUCGCGCCGCCGGCAGGCAGCCCCGCGGGGCCGGCAUUCGCCGCGUCCCCCGCGCCGGCGACGCCGGGGCCGGGGUUUGCGGGCCCGUACGCGGCGCCGGGCCCGUUCGGCAGCCCUUCAGCGCGGCCCGGCUCGGGCGGCGGGUUCCCACCUGGCCCGCCGCCCCAGCAGGGCCACUUCCCCGGCCCCGGGUUCGCGCCGCCGGGCUCACCGUUCCACCCACACCCGCCACAUCCGCCUAUGCCGCCGCACCCACACAUGAUGGCGCCGCUACCACCGCCUGUAGACAGGCGGCACGCGCCUUACUUCGGACAGCCAGAUUACAGAGUAUAUGAACUCAAUAAGCGGUUACAACAGAGGACAGAGGACUCAGAUAACUUGUGGUGGGACGCGUUCGCGACAGAAUUCUUUGAGGAUGAUGCGACGUUAACUCUAACAUUUUGUUUAGAAGAUGGGCCCAAAAGAUACACGAUAGGAAGGACGCUCAUACCGCGCUACUUCCGAAGCAUAUAUGAGGGCGGCGUGUCAGAGUUAUAUUAUACGAUGCGACAGCCCAAAGAGUCCUUCCACAACACGAGCAUAACGCUCGACUGCGAUCACUGUACGAUGGUGACGCACCACGGCAAGCCGAUGUUCACCAAAGUGUGUACAGAAGGCCGGCUAAUCCUCGAGUUCACAUUCGACGACCUGAUGCGGAUCAAGUCGUGGCAUAUGGCGGUGCGCGCCCAUCGGGAACUGAUCCCCAGACAGGCGGUGCAUCCCCCCGACCACGCGGCGCUCGACCAACUAGCCAAGAAUAUCACGCGCCAGGGGAUCACCAACGCAACGCUCAAUUACUUGAGGUUAUGCGUGAUCCUAGAACCAAUGCAAGAACUGAUGUCCCGACACAAGGCGUACGCGCUCUCGCCGCGCGACUGCCUCAAGACCACGCUGUUCCAGAAGUGGCAGCGGAUGGUCGCACCCCCUGAAUCACAGCGGCCGGCGAGUAAACGGCGCAAGCGCAAAGGCAGCGCCGGCGCCAACGCCGCGCCCCCCGCGCCCGCCAAGAAGCGAUCACCCGGACCUAACUUCAGCCUUGCCUCACAGGACGUGAUGGUAGUCGGCGAGCCGUCUCUAAUGGGCGGCGAGUUCGGCGACGAGGACGAGCGGUUGAUCACGCGACUGGAGAACACGCAGUACGAGGGCGACGGCGUCGAGUGGAGCGCGCCGCCGCCCGCCUCGCCCGCCAAGACGCCGCCCGGCACGCACUGACGCGCGACCGGACCACACACACAACACACACAUAAUAUAGGCCUUUACGGAAUACUUUACCUCAAGACUUUCAUUUAUCAACCCCCCGCCUCCCGUACUGUUAU